AUGGCCUCCAACGUGACGACCUUUAGCACCCUACGGGCGCGCUCCUACAUAUUUCGGCUGCCGCUGUUCACACGCAUCGUAGUCGUCGCCAUCGUCGCUGCAUGGGCUGCAAGCUUACAAUCCACUUGGGACGUGAAGGACUGGGGCGCGUUGAUCCCGGAUCAGCUUUCCUUCACAGCUUCUUACCGGAUGAAUACGUACCCUUUCGUUCACGUCAACUUCAUACACGUGUUCCUUAACUUGGUUGCACUGACACCGCUGCUUGAACGAUUCGAAGCUGAAUUUGGCACUCUCACUUCCAUAGCCCUUUUUAUCGGCCCACUCUCUACAAUCCCGGCCGUCGUAUACGUUUUGAUCGAGCGAUUCUUUCUCAAGGGCAACGUUGCUGUCAUGGGCGCUAGUAUAUGGGUUUUCCUGCUCCUCGGCAUGGAGGCAAUUCGUACUUACAAGACGAAUCCCUAUUUGACGAUCGCGACGCACUCGAUUCCCACCUGGACGACCCCCUUGAUUCUUGUUCUGGUCGUCACGGCUCUCGUCCCUGGCACGAGUCUGCUGGGCCACUUAUGCGGUGUCUUAGUUGGGUAUCUCUUUGGUCUCGGAUACCUCAAGUUCCUCAGCCCGCCUGAGAAGGCUCUGCGCUGGGUCGAGUCGAAACUAAACCUAUUGGGACGUCUGCCUCACUACCUUGCCCAAGCUGCUGCAGAACAGCUCUCGCCAUGUCGCGACUUAUCUGUGACUUCGGCCCUCUCGUUGCGACGCGAUCCACGCAUCCUCAAGCUUCCGCCGUACAUUUCCCUUGCUUGCAUCCUCGGCGGCAUUGCAUGGCUUUUUCUUUUGCCUCUGAAUGACUACUCUCGGAAGACCUAUAUCUCCGAAAAUGCGCUCCUUCCGGGUCAGGUGCACACAUAUUUUGGAGGCAGCGACCAAAACGUGUUGCGGGCAUACAAGCACGAGGUCAACCUAGUCAAGGACAAGUCCAAUUAUGAAAUCAACGACAAACUCGAAGGCAUCCUGAAGAGCGUCGGUCUCAAGGUCGGCCGCCAAAACUACACUUAUGAAUCGGCUGGUGACAUCUAUUCUGGCGAAAACAUCUACGCCAUUCUUCAAGCCCCGCGCGGCGACGCAACGGAAGCAAUCGUGCUCGUGGCCGCCUGGAAUACGAUCGACAACCACUUCAACCAGAACGGCAUUCCGCUGGCCGUGAGCCUGAUCCGAUACUUCAAGAGGUGGUCUCUAUGGUCCAAGGACAUCAUCCUGGUCAUCCCUCCGGAUAGCAGGACGGGUACCCAGGCCUGGGUGGAUGCCUAUCAUGACUCCCAUGACUCCUCCCGCGUGAGUUCUUUGCCUCUGAAGUCCGGCGCUCUACAGGGAGCUAUUGCAAUCGACUACCCACAGGAACACCGUUUCGAGUCGAUCCAUGUCAUUUAUGACGGUAUCAAUGGCCAGCUUCCGAAUCUGGACCUCAUCAACUCCGUCGUCAACAUUGCUGGCGGCCAAAUGGGAAUGGGCACCGCCAUUCAGGAGAUGUGGUCGCACUCGGACAAGUACCAGGACCGUCUGCGAACGAUGCUCCGAGGCAUGUUGAACCAGGGUCUAGGCCAUGCCUCCGGCCCGCAUAGCAGCUUCAUUCCUUACCAUGUCGACGCUGUCACUCUGCAACCUUUUGGUGAAGGAUGGCAUGAUGAGAUGGGCAUGGGUCGUACGAUUGAGGGCACUUUCCGCAGUCUGAACAACCUUCUUGAGCACCUCCACCAGAGCUUCUUCUUCUACCUGCUCAUGCACAAGGAGAGAUUCGUCAGCAUUGGUACCUACCUUCCUAGCGCCAUGAUCUUGGCUGCAAGCUUCACCAUCACUGCCAUUUCAUUGUGGGUAAAAAGUGGUCACCAGGAACAAAGCCUCGCCGCCAGGGCUGGACUUGGAUCAGGCAUCGCUGGUAGCUCGCUUAAAGGCUCCGGGGAAGACUUUGUGGAUGAGAAGAUGGCGCAGCCGCCCCGUACUCGGGCAGUUGAGCGUGAUCUCUUCGUUCCGCUGGGCGUUGUGGCCAUCUGCCAAUUCCUCGGCGUUGUGCCAUUGUACAUCUUCAACCAUGUGCCCGCCAAUAUGCUGUCUGGUGCCUACACUGUCCUUGCGCUCACCAACUGCGCCCUGCCCUUCCUGAUGUCCUCCUUGCUGACAUCCAUCUACAACCCCACCGUUCAGCAGUAUCAGCUCAUCAAGUCAUUUUCCCUCUUGCUGUUGGGUAUGUUCCUCUCAGCUCUGGCAACGCUUAACUUCUCCCUGGCUUUCCUCGUUGGUGUCAUGGCCAGUCCGCUGUCGUUCAUGCAGCCGUGGCCGCACCAUCCUUUAGCUCGCUGGGCAUGUGCUGCGUUCCUUCAACUGGCGUCACCGACGGCAGCACUGUACUCCGUCUCAUCGUACUUCAACAUUAGCAUCGGCGAGGUUCUCAAAGAGGCGGCUUUUGGAUGGGACGUCUGGGGCAUGUACACCCCGGUCAUUAUCUGGGGCGUGUGGUGGCCCGCCUGGCUGAUGGGAUCCAUCAUCGUGCUUGGGCAUCCUGCUUCCCAGGCGACGAGAGUUUAG